CUUGGCAGAUUGCCAAUGUGCGCAUGUCCACUUUCCCACGUGGAAGUUACAUCAACUUUGCUAAAGGAGCUUACAGAAAUGGCAGCACUGAGACGCUUCAAGCCUCUUUUGGACCGUGUUCUUGUUGAAAGAGUUGCUGCUGAAACGAAAACGAAAGGUGGCAUAAUGCUCCCUGAGAAAGCUCAAGGGAAAGUAAACGAAGCAGUAGUCGUUGCUGUUGGCCCAGGAGCAAAGAAUGACAAAGGAGAACUAGAAGCAGUCAAUGUUAAAGUUGGCGACAAAGUCUUAAUACCAGAGUAUGGCGGAACCAAAGUGAUAUUUGAUGAGAAGGACUACCUCCUGGUUCGUGAAGGAGACCUACUUGGAACAUUUGAUAACUAGUUGAAAUGAAUUGUUAAUUAUUGUCUAUUAUUAGACUCGUCUAUUAUCAUUUAUCAUCUCUUGUGAUUUUUUUGUUAUUUUCUGUGAAUAUUAAUGAGUGAAAAAUACUACAUUCACACGAUUCUA